UUUGAGGAGAACACUGCUGAAGGCACCUGCUCAGGACAAUGAAACUCUUCAGUUAUAUUUUGGUUUAUCGCAGGCUUCUCCUCGUAGUUUUCACUCUGUUGAUUUUACUGCCCCUGCCUAUCAUCCUCCGCACCAAGGAAGUAGAAUGUGCCUACGUACUCUUUGUCGUUGCCAUAUUUUGGCUUACAGAAGCUUUGCCUCUGUCCAUCACAGCCUUGCUGCCUGCGUUAAUGUUCCCAAUGUUUGGGAUCAUGCCUUCCAAGACGGUGGCAUCUGCUUAUUUCAAAGAUUUUCACCUACUGCUAAUUGGAGUCAUCUGUUUAGCAACAUCAAUAGAAAAAUGGAAUUUGCACAAAAGGAUUGCUCUGAAAAUGGUGAUGAUGGUGGGUGUGAACCCAGCAUGGCUGACACUGGGGUUCAUGAGCAGCACCGCCUUCCUAUCUAUGUGGCUCAGCAACACCUCAACUGCUGCCAUGGUGAUGCCCAUUGCGGAGGCUGUGUCGCAGCAGAUCAUCAGUGCUGAAGCAGAGGUCGAGGCCACUCAGAUGACUUAUGUCAAUGGAUCAACCAACUACGCACUGGAAAUUGAUGAAAGUGUUAAUGAACAGGAAACAAAUGAGAAGAAAGAGAAAACAAAACCAGAUCCAGGAUACGAUAAUGAUGCAGGAAACAUUUCAAGCAAGAUGGAGCCGGAAAAGAAUUCAGGCACCGAAACCAAAUAUCGAACAAAGAAGGACCACAUGAUGUGUAAACUUAUGUGCUUGUGCAUUGCUUACUCUUCCACCAUUGGAGGACUGACAACGAUCACUGGUACCUCCACCAACUUGAUCUUCAGUGAGCAUUUCAAUGUACGCUACCCUGAUUGUCAGUGCAUCAACUUUGGAUCAUGGUUUAUCUUCACCUUCCCGGCUGCUGUUAUUAUUCUACUCUUGUCCUGGAUCUGGCUUCAGUGGCUUUUCUUAGGAUUCAAUUUUAAGGAGAUGUUCAAGUGCGGCAAGACCAAAACAGUCAGACAAAAAGCUUGUGCUGACGUGAUUAAACAAGAAUACCAAAAACUUGGGCCAAUAAGGUAUCAAGAAAUUGUGACCUUGGUCCUCUUCAUUUUAAUGGCCCUGCUAUGGUUUAGCAGAGAUCCCGGGUUCGUUUCUGGUUGGUCUGUUCUCUUUUCAGAAUAUCUUGGUUAUGUUACAGAUUCAACUGUUGCCUUGCUUGUAGGACUCCUAUUCUUUCUUAUCCCAGCUAAGAGAUUGACUAAAACUACACCUACAGGAGAAAUUGUUGCUUUUGAUUACUCUCCACUGAUUACUUGGAAGGAAUUCCAGUCAUUCAUGCCCUGGGAUAUAGCGAUACUUGUUGGUGGAGGCUUUGCCUUGGCAGAUGGCUGUGAGGUAUCAGGACUAUCUGCGUGGAUAGGAAAUAAACUAUCUCCUCUAGGUUCGUUACCACUAUGGCUAGUAAUUCUGCUAUCUUCUUUGAUGGUCACGUCUUUAACAGAGGUAGCCAGCAAUCCAGCUACCAUUACCCUCCUUCUCCCAAUACUAUCUCCAUUGGCUGAAGCCAUUCACGUGAACCCUCUUUACAUUUUGAUCCCAUCUACUCUGUGCACUUCAUUUGCAUUCCUCCUCCCGGUAGCAAAUCCGCCCAAUGCUAUUGUUUUCUCAUAUGGCCAUCUGACAGUUAUUGACAUGGUUAAAGCUGGACUUGGCGUUAAUAUUGUGGGUGUUGCUGUGGUGAUGCUUGGCAUGUUCACCUGGAUUGUGCCCAUGUUUGACCUCCAAACUUACCCUUCUUGGGCUCCUGCAAUUAGUAAUGAGACCAUGCCAUGACCAUGAUGAAUGCUCUAACGAUCCUGUGGUGUGUUUUGGGAACCACUAAGAAUUCACUGCAAAAUUUGGCUGUGGAAGACUGAUGACACAUUUAAAUCAGUCCUGGUGUAGCUGCUGCAGUUCCAGUGAACACCCAAAACCUGCUGUCAUAACUCAGAGUCCACAUUUCUUUUGAGAUGCAACCAAAGAGUAUCUACAUGCUUUCAUCGAGAAGCCCAUGGUGGAGUUUUUGCUCAUGGACCAUAUGCAUCCUACUUCAUCAUAAGAAUAAUUUAUAACUUGACCUUCAAAGAGAUUAGGUCAUUUGCUUCAUCUUACAGUUUGGGUUCCAUGUAACAUUUCAAAUGUUAUUACUUCAGAAACUUCUCAUGAAGCUAAAAAUUAAAAA